AUGGAGAAUCAAAUAACAGUGAUGGAGUUCAUCCUCUUGGGUGUUGCUGAUGAUGAACUCCAUUAUGUGCUCUUUAUCAUCCUGUUAGUCAUCUACAUCUUGACUUUAACAGGUAAUGUUCUCAUCAUCACCAUCACCUUGAUAAACCAUUGUCUUCAGACUCCCAUGUAAUUCUUCCUCAGGAACUUCUCCAUCUUAGAGAUGGGCUUUACUACCACUGUCAUCCCCAGAGUGUUGGCCAACCUGGCAUUAGGCAAAAACCCAAUUUCCUUAAGGGGUUGUCUCACUCAAACUUUUCUUUACGCAAUGCUAGGUACCACUGAGUUUCUCCUGUUAGCUGUGAUGUCCUUUGACAGGUAUGUGGCCAUCUGCAAACCACUACACUAUGUGGCCAUUAUGAAUUCACGAGUCUGCAGCCUGCUGGUGAUUACUGCCUGGAUUUGUGGGCCUGUCCUCAUUCUUUCUCUAUCAGUGGUAUAUUUCCAGAUGCCAUUCUGUGGCUCAAACAUUGUUAAUAGUUUUUUCUGUGAUACCACACCAAUGGUUCAGCUCAAAUGUGGAAAUACCAAAGUCCUAGAGAGCAUGAAUUUCAUCUCAUCAGUGUUCACCAUACUGGGCAGCCUAGCUAUUAUAGCUGUAUCCUACAUCAACAUCAUUACUGCUGUGGUCAAAAUCCCCUCUGUGGUGGGCAGAUAUAAAGCUUUUUCCACCUGUGCCUCUCACCUCACUGGGGUGUCUAUCUCACAUGGCAGCUGCAUCUUCAUGUACCUCACACCCACCCAGACCAACAGAUUGGACAUCAGCAAGGUGGUGUCCAUCUUGAACACUGUGGUAUGUCCUCUGCUCAAUCCAUUCAUCUAUAGCUUGAGGAACACACAGGUUCAGGAGGCCUUAAGGGAGAGCAUCAAACGGAGUAUAGUCAUUUCAAAACACCCAGAAAUUUGA